CGAUUUCAAGGGUCAAAGGGCCCUCUGCCCAUAUAUUGCACUAUUUGAGAGGCGUAAAGGGUUGGAUAUACCAUUGCUGUAAGAGUUCUCGCAGUUACACGAUUUAGACAUCGAAGGAUUUCAUACCUAGGGCUGCUAGUUGGAGGAAGUACUUAGCUUUUGGAGGGACUGCGAUUAGUGUCGCACCUUCCUGGACAUUGCUUUCCCAAGAGAAGGAGGCACAAUUGGGUGCUUUCCUUCCAAGCCAAGAACAUCCUCCUUCAAUAGAAGCAAGCAGCCCCUUCUCCACCGCAGAUCCGAUGGGAACGUGACCGAGGGCCCCACUAGCGUCGAGCUCCGGUCAAAGGCCUCCGGGCCUGACCUGGUAGCAGCGACAUCCACUGGCAGAGCUAGCCACAAGUCAGGGGUGUCCAUCAGCGACCUCUCGAGGGUAUCGCUGGGGUUGGGGACUGUGAAGCGAGUUGUCAGCAGGAAGACUGCAGAGCAGGAGCUCAGCAGAUGGGAUGAGGGCAGAGCUCUGUUGCGCUCACCAGAUGCGCCCAAUUCCCUCAGCCAGCCGGACAGCGGCGCCGAGCUGGACUCCCUAGCAACCAACGGCCACAACUCCGAGAAUGGCACCUUCGGGUACCACCGGCCUUCCCCGAGCCGGCCCCAUGCAGAGUACGCAAAGAGCAGCUCCCCCAGCUCUCAGCCUGCAGAUCAGCAGAGCAGCAAGCCCAUCCAGGGCAUGCAGGGGUCGGCGCUGCUCAACAUCCCCACCCCCUUUGCGUCGGUGGCGGACGAGGGGCACGCGUACAUGGGGAGCCAGCCGCUCAGCGUGCUGCCGGACGCGGGCAUGCCGCUGCCGAGCAUCGCUGAGGUGGACAUGACGACGCGGCUUUCCUUCCUGGAGACCCGCAGCAACAGCGCGCCGCAGUCGCCGGACAGCGCACGCACCGUUGCUUUGCGCGCCAGCCUUGGCUGCACCGCCGACACGCCUCUCAAGUCGCGCACCAGCGGCGCCCACGUCUUCCAUGACGACAGCGCCAAGAUGUUCCAGUCGGGCGAUUCGAAUGGGAUGGGCUCUGCGGCUGCGAUGGCGAUGCGGCACAGCCGGAGCCUGCCAAGCGUGGCGACCCCGGACUGGGCCGGCCUGGCGACGCCGCGCAACUUGAUAGAGGUGUCCGCGCGGCUGCGCUCCUCCCAGGAGGACCUGCGCCGCCUGGAGGCCCAGCGCAGCAGCGACCCCCUGCACCGAUCCGGGAGCUCGGGCGGCUGGGGUUCGCUGGGGCUGUCCAGGGAGAGCUCUGUCAGCAGCAGCAUGCGCUCGCGCAGUGGCUUCGGCUCGCUGGAGAGUGGCGGUCUGUCCCGGCCGCUGUCGGGGGCGGCCACAGACGAGGGCUUCUGCUUUGAGUGCGGGGACGUGAUUGACACCCGCGUCAUGCUGGUCGACAGCUUCAAGGGCUGCACGUUUGUGAACCAGUACGUGGUGAUCAAGACGUUGGGUGAGGGCGCGUACGGCAAGGUGAAGCUGUGCCUCAACAGCGAGGACCACAGCCUCUAUGCCCUGAAGCUGGUCACCAAGAGAAAACAGUCGUUUAAAUUGCAGCUGGCGCCCUGCGUCAUUGCAGAAGAGCUGAGUCAGUCAGCUCAGCUGACUAUCAGCAUCUUGCGCAACCUGUGCCAUCCCAACAUCGUGCGCCUCAUGGAGGUCAUAGACGAUGCGCGCAGCAACAAGGUGCUGCUGGUGAUGGAGUACCUGGAGGGCGGCCCUGUGGUGCUGGGCGAGGGCCGCGACGGCCAGUCGCGCAUGUCCGAGGCCAUCGCGCGCAAAUUCUUCCGAGAUGCCAUCCAGGGGGUGGACUACCUGCACAGCAUGGGUGUGGCGCACGGCGACAUAAAGCCAGACAACCUGCUGCUGGGGGCGGACGGCCGCGUGCGCAUCUGCGACUUUGGCUCCGCGCAGCUCUGCGGUGCCACGGACACUGCGCUGCGCACGGUGGGCACGCCGGCCUUCUUCACGCCAGAGAUGUGCCACGGCGGCCCCUUCUCGCUGCGCGCCGCCGACCUGUGGGCCCUCGGCGUCUGCCUCUACAUCUUUGUCUUCGGAGUGCUGCCGUUCCGGGCGGACGCGAUGAUGCGGCUGUACGACGAGAUCCGGGAUGCGCCGCUGCGCUUCCCCCGGAGCACGCCCCUAUCGCCGCAGCUGGCAGAGCUGCUGUACGCGCUGCUGGCCAAGGACCCUGCCCAGCGGCCCACCAUGCCCCAGAUCAUGGCCCACCCCUGGGUCACUCAUGGCGGCGCCGCCCCCAUGCGCUGCCUGCAGGUUGUGCCUGGCACUCUCAUCUACACCCUAGCCACUUCAUUGUUCCUCUCCAUUGUAAGGCCUGCUUGCAUGCCUAUAUUAUUCCCACUAGCAUGA